UAUGACCGGAAACACUAAGCUUUACUUCUAAACUCUAAAUCAACAACUUCCGGUUUUUCUCCUGACUUGACUCUCCUGUAGUUCCAGUUCGUUUGCAGCUUGAACUUCAUGUGUUAAACUCUUGAUCACCCAGAUUUAGGAGAUUAUGAGGUUUGGGCGACGGACAGCUCGAAAACAGACUAUGUCCGUUUUCUUAACGUGUUGCUCGGGAUUUACAGAUUGUAAAAGUCGUCAAUUCAUUCUUUAGUUGACCUCGAAUGAGGCUAGUAGGACCGACCAACACGCAACUUUGAGCCCCAGCGUCCAUCGUUGGUGGAACGGAGACUCGUCUUCGUACCUCGCCGUUCGAAGAACCCUCAAAUAAAUUAGGUUUUUACAUCUUAUAAUCUGACUUAGUCAUGUAUACCCGGACAAUGCUUAAGGUAUGCCUGCGGAAAGCUCUCUGGCCGACUGUACAGAAGUUACCGUCGGGACUGAGGCAGUCUCCAGCACCGGCGGUUGUGGCGCUGAGACUCCCGGGGACAACGCGACACUCGCCGUGCUGCUGGAUGGGAACACAUAGGAGAAACGAGCCCAGGGAGCCGCUCAACUCCCCCAAAAGGGCCAAAGAGUUCAUCUAUCGCCUACACCCGAAUGAGAGGACAUGUUUACUACAGGAGCUUCAGAUUUUCGAGUCCAAAGCAAUCGCCCAAGAGACUCUGGAGCCGUCACCGCCGACUGCAGCCCAGAUCAGAUAUGUUUUAUUCCACAACGCUGUCCCCUUUAUCGGGUUUGGUUUCCUGGAUAACGCCAUCAUGAUUGCAGCAGGAACGCAGAUUGAACUCUCCAUCGGAGUCACUCUGGGGAUCUCCACCAUGGCUGCCGCUGCUCUGGGGAACCUGGUUUCAGAUCUGGCAGGUCUUGGUCUGGCAGGUUAUGUGGAGGCUCUGGCUUCCAGACUGGGGAUGCAAGUUCCUGAUCUGACACCCCAGCAGGCGGAUAUGUGGCAGACCAGGCUCAGCUCUCACAUGGGGAAAGCCAUCGGCAUCACCAUCGGCUGUAUUUUGGGAAUGUUCCCGCUGCUUUUCUUGAGCGAUGAUGAGGAGGAGAAGGAGAACAGGGCAAAAGCUCAGCCCCGCAGUGACGCAGCAUCACACUCCUAACAAUCCACCACAUCUCUAACUGGAUUCUGCUUCAUCUCCACAUUACAAAGGAUUCCUUUAACAAUAGAUUCCUUGUCAGGCGACUCAGGUGGCUUUCACAAUCUGGCUCCUCUUGAAUACAAACACAGCAGUAUUACGGAAUAAUUCUUUUUGAUUAUUGCCAUUUAUUUAUGUUCAGGAAAGAUCAGUCUGCAUCAUGAGAUCCUGUUCCUUAUUGAUUUUUCUAUCAGCUUCUUCAAGAUGGAUUGUUGGCAUUCAAAGAAACACUAAAGCAAUUUUUUGGUUCCCUCAAUCCACAGUCUGUUACCUAAGACAUUUUAUUUUAAAGCAUCAUGUUUAUUAUGAAACUGAUUCAAUCCUAGUUGUUUGAUCACAGUGUACCUCCUUUAUUAAAAUAAUUUAUUAGUGUCAGCAUGAAUUAUCUAAAGUCCCUGGCUUCAUUCGAUUGUUUUCAUUUUAAAAUUAAUCAGAUAAAAGCUAAUGAUGUCAUGAUGAAUGUUAGGAGGCUAGAUUGCAGUUUUUAUUUUCAUUAGAUCCAUUACAGAACUUGAUUCAGCUGAUUUCUAUGAAGGAGAACCAUAACAUCCUUUCCAAUUUCAAAAAAAAAAAGGGGAACAAGGUGGAACUACAUGAAUUUUCUAGUUCGUUUUUUGAUAACUGGUUUAGUUGCUGAACAACUCUAGAGGUUGUUUAGUGUGGUUAGCCUUUUUUCUGGAUGACCCUGACUUGCAGUUAGCUAACUUCAAGCAGCAUAACUGGUAAGCAGCUGACUUCAGGUUAGUUAGCUCAAAUAAUGAAUCAGCUAAGAUCAGCUUGUUCUUACAGUUACUCAGUAGAAAGUGGAAUAACUAAAAGGUAAACCAUUCUGCACAACAAACAUUGUAACACUACUAUAUUUAUUAUUUUCUUAUAUCCAUGUGCCAAAAUCAAAAUAUCAAUAACAAUACCAAAUAUAACCUUAGUAUAAUCAUAUUUGUAAUAGGAAUAUUUGCAGCGUUACUGAUUUAAUUAAAGUAAUUAAAUCAUAUAUAUGUAUACUUUUAGAUAUUUUACUGAAGGUUAUUAUACCAUGUCAAUCUCUAAGACCAUGACUAUGGUUUCACAACGGUCUUACUACAUCACUGAUUUAGUUUUCAGUUGAGACCUUUGUUGUCUUUUUUGUGACUGGACAUUUUUCCAAGCAGAUUUCAGGGUUUCUUCAGUCAGAUAACAAGCAGUGAAAAACAACAAGUGGAGGAGGGGCAGUGUUUUGUAACUUUACUUUUGCUUCAUACAAGGGGGAAAAACUGGUCAUUCUUUCUGUCUAUUUGGCAUCUCAUUAUCAUGACUUUACAAUUUAGGGACAGAUUUGAAAAUGUAACUUUUUUAAAAACAACUCGUUAAUCGUCAUAACAAUAACCAGCACAUGUCUGCUGAAUUCAUGCAUCCCCAACAAUAAGGAGAGCACAUGUGAUUUAUUUGUCUUUUCCAGUUCCCAGUAUGAUAUUUGUGUUAUGCAGUGAGGUGAUCUGAUUUUAUACUUAUAAGAAAUAAAAAUGCAAGAAUAUUAUUUUCAUUUUUUUGUUUCUUUUCAUAUUAAUUAAGUGUUUGUCGCUCAAAAAGCACAAAAGCCUCUUGUGAAAGCUGCCUGAGAAGAAGCACUCACCUGGAACCGAGUCUUCCUCUUUCCAAUUAUUCCUCACAAAGGGAGGAUCAACAGCUAAAUGUCCUUUGGACUGAAACUGGUCAGUUCUCAUUGUCAGUAGGUACCGACUGAAAGCAGAAGAUUAACCCAUUCUCAUGUUUAUAAUUUUAUUCGCCAACUAUCAUGACCCUUUUUCCACUCCAAAUAACUUAAUAAAAGCACAUUUAGAAAAUUUAUUUUUGUCAUGAAUAGACACUUUAUACUUUUGAAAAACUUCAUCUCAAACACUAUUUAUUUGUGAAGAUGGUAAUCGUUACUUCAGUGGCAAACUCGUAAUAGCCACUGUAGAUGCAUAUGAAAAGUCUUGUGCAACUUCAACCUUUGAUAAAAUAAAGAUGAAACAGAUUUAAUGUUGUCUGCUACCUCGAGGAGUAAUGUUGUUUCUGCAUGAAGAGCUGAUGUAGCUGCAUAUUCUAAUUUAUACCAGAUAUGUUUUCCUUUUCAGUUUGAUAAGAAAGGAUCCUUGGAGGUUUUCUAUGGCUUGAUAUCAGGAAACAUUCAGUAGUAGGACACACUUAGAGACUGAAGUUUUUUUUCUUUUUUCUGUUUUUAAGGUUGUUUUGUAUCAGCUUCUUUUCUUUUGUGUUCGUCUCCUUUCUUUCCUACAUGCGCUCAACUUGAGACCCACCAUCUGUGUAUUUUAGCUCUUUGGAAGUGAUCACAGAGGAAGCUCCAGAUGGUUGAGAUUUUUAUUUCCAAAACCGUUCAUGCAAUGAAAAAAAAAAACAGCACAGAGAUUUCUACAUCUCCCCUUUUGUUUCUGUCUGUUUUUUUGAUGUCUUGUAUAACACAUCAGCAGAACUUCAAGGUGCUAAUAGACAAAACUGAAAACAUGUUUUUCAUUCUUUGUUUUCAUGUUCUGUUUUAAAAACUAAUUUUUUAAAACAGAAUUGAUUUAAUUUGUCUGAGGAACAAAUUUGGAGGUGAAAGCCAAACUAAUCAUAGCUUUAAUAGCUCAAAAACCUUUUUGAUCUAAUUUAUUGAAAUGCACCUGAAAGAAAAGACACAUGUUAAGUGACGUAAGUGGAAAAAAUCCCUUUUCAUUAAAUUAAUAUAGUUGAUUGUGGAAUAGUUGGUGUGAACUACUCUUUAGUUUAUGCAGAUGUUUUUUUUUUUUUUUUUGAUGCAGGCAUGCAACAAA